AUUGGAAUUUCUAAGCUACUGACUAGUGUUCUCUCCCUUCUCAUCAUAUGCAUUCUUCCAUCAUCACAAGCAGCCAACAACGUGGUCAGCUUCGGCGCCAAACCAGACGGCCAAACCGAUGAGACGCAGGCAUUCCUAAGGGCAUGGGCUUCAGCAUGCAACUCGGCCAAACCCGUCACCAUUUACGUUCCCAGUGGGAGGUACUUGAUGAAACCUGCAAUCUUUGGAGGACCAUGCAAGAGCAGAAUCUCCACAUUGAUGUCUGGAGCUACUCUUGUUGCCCCUACAGAUUGUCAUGCCCUUGGCAAUUCUGGCAACUGGCUUUUGUUCAAUAAGGUCAUCGGUUUGAUUAUCUUCGGUGGCACCAUUGACGCUCAGGGGCAUGCCUACUGGGCUUGCAAGACUGCCGGAAAAAGUAGCCCCGCCGGAGCACGGUCAUUGACCUUCAAUUAUGGAAGGAACACUGUGAUCAAAGGAUUAAAUUCAAUCAACAGCCAGGUGUCGCACAUCGUAUUUGACGGAUGCACCAAUGCGCUCGUACAAGGAGUUAAGAUCACAGCUCCAGCCAAGAGUCCCAACACAGACGGCAUACAAGUGCAAUACUCAACGGGUAUCACCAUCGUCGCCUCUACCAUAAAGACAGGUGAUGAUUGUAUAUCCAUUGGUCCUGGUUCUACAAAUCUCUGGAUUCAGAACCUUAGAUGUGGACCAGGGCAUGGAGUCAGCAUUGGGAGUCUGGGUAAGGAUAUGUAUGAACAAGGAGUACAGAACGUAACUGUAAAGAAUUCCAUUUUCACAAAGACGGAGAACGGCGUACGGAUCAAAUCAUGGGCGAAACCGAGCUACGGGUUCGUGAGAGGUGUUACAUACACUAACAUUAUCAUGAAGAAUGUUCAAAAUCCAAUCAUAAUUGAUCAGAAGUGUUGCCCAGACUAUUAUGGUUGCCCUAACCGUGUACAAAGUUCAGAGGUGAAGGCAAGUCAAGUGACAUAUAAAGAUAUCCGGGGAACAUCUGCGAUACAAGUGGCCGUCAAAUUUGACUACAGCUCUACAAAUCCAUGUAGUGGGAUCAAAUUAAAAGGAGUUAGGCUUACGUAUAUGAAUAGGCCAGCAGAGACAUCUUGUAACAAUGCUGGUGGAACUGCCACCAGAUCGACUAUGUCAGGAAACUGUUUGUAA